UUACUUCGUGCAGGAGUUUGUAUAAAAACGUGCAUCUACUCACAACAUAUUUCUUUUGAGUUGAACAAAAUUUGAAUUACUAUUGUAACCCUUACUCAUCAAAGUGUAUUUGUCAUGCGAGUUCUUUAUCUGCACUGCUGCCAUAUCAGGCUAUGAGAUUACUUACAAAGAAUGAGGAAUGGCUGCAGCUGAUGAAGAACGGAGAUGGGGAUUGAUUGGUGGAAGUGUAGCCAAGAUACUAACACCUGCUCUCAGAAAUGUGCUUGGAAAUGAAUUAACAGAAUGGUACGACUCUUUGACCAUGCCUCCUUGGAGAAUCGAUCAGCAAACAUUCAAAAAUCAUAUGAAAAGCUUGCCACCAUCUAAAAUAGAGUUGCACUAUAGAAAUAUUAACAACAAUGAUUCACACAAGUCCCCGAAGUGUUAUGAUUAUGCGGUUCGAGAUCCUUUGUCCCUGGCGAAACUACUCGUAGGGCCUUUCAUGGCAAAACAUUUCACUGGUUUUGACAACACGAUGGAUCCCUCUGCUGCUUUAUCAGUGAUGAGCGAAGCAGAACCUUUCAUUCGCUCUGGUGCUGCGGUUUUUGCGAGAAAGGUUAGGUGUGAUAUCAGAAAUAAGUGGGCUCAUUGUAAUUUCUCACACUGGACGGAGGAAAAUUUUCAAACUGCUUUAAGCGACAUGAUAUCUUUAGUCGAGAAACUAAGCUUAAAUUCAGAGGAAAAAAGAAUUGUUUUGGACGAACUUGAUAAAGGGAAAAGCUACAGCACAAACAUGGAUUGUGAAAUUCUUGAUCUCAUUUGGACAGAAUUGAAAAAAAUUUUCGAAGAUGAAGAUUCGAAGAUUGAUGAGAAAACGCUGUUCUCCUGUCUCCAGUCACUUAAGACUUCCUUGAACGCACAGCGUGGCACCUAUGAAUUUCAAGCACCGAAGCAAAACCCCUUAUUUGAAGGACGUCAAUCAGAAUUACAAGAGCUGCAACACCUACUUGGACAAAUUGAUACAAGUAAACCUAAAGUGAACAUUGCAGCUAUCUGUGGAUUGGGUGGAGUGGGAAAAACAAGCUUAGCUACGGAAUACGCCCAUCAAAGGAAAGAUCACUAUACCGGAGGUGUUUUUUGGUUCUCAGGUGAAAACAACACUGCCUUUGAAAAUAGUGUUCACGAUAUUGCUGCUCGUUUUGAGACAAUAUGUGAUAGGUUUGACAUUACUUUAUCCGCCACUUUAACAAAAAUAUCUCAAAUAAGAAAACCUUGGUUAAUUAUUUUGGAUAAUAUGGACGAAGGAGUUAUUUCACAAAAUAUCGAGAAGGUAGCUUCCGGGCAUUGGCAGAAUGACGCGUGCGGUCAUCUUUUAAUCACCACUAGAAGAGAGUCAUCUGAUUUAGAUAGUCAUAUUCGAGAUUUUCACGAAAGAUUUUGUUUGAGUCUUAGAUGUUUUGAAAUGGAUGAGGCGAAAAAUUUUUUAUAUCGCAGAUCUGACAAAAAAGUUGACAAUGAGGAGGCCGAGAAAUUGAUCGAAAAACUCGGCUGGCUACCUUUAGCACUUGAGCAAGCUGGAGCUUAUAUGAAAUCACUCGAUUGUACAAUACCCGAGUACUCAAAUCUGUAUGAAAAACAUCGACUUCGUGUCUUCAACCGACAAGCGGCACCUGGUGCUUCAGAAUAUGAUUCAACUGAAAGACGCGCGGUUUGCACUACCUGGCAACUUAAUUUUGAAAACAUCAUUCAAAAGGAAGACUUAGGCGUGGCUGCUAAAAGAGUCCUGUAUGCAUCUGCGUUUUUAAAUCCAAAGGAAAUUCAAAAAGAUAUCGUCAAUAUCGGUGAACCUCCCAUCGAAGAUGAAGAAUAUACAAAAUAUGUAGAGGAAGAUGCAGGACGUCGGGAAAUCUUGAGAGUGUUGACGAAAUUUUCCCUUUUCAAAGAGAAUAGCCACAGCCUCAGUGUCCACCACUUGGUACAGGAAGCCAUACGGGAGUAUAUAAAACGUCUUCAGGAAGACGAGUCCCAAAGCGUUAUUGAUGCUAUUCGUAUGUUACACCAUGCUUUCCGUAAUUGCGCUUCACCCGACGAGCUUCUUAUUCCUGUUUCUGAAGAAGGAAGGGAACGACCGUCGAUUGUUUCCAGCGUUAAUCCGUCACGUUUUUACCAAUGGCAUAAACUCUGUUCGCAUAGUUACGAGCUGGUAGAGCAUCUAAAGAGUUUAGUAAGGAAACCGGGUGGAAAUAAUAGAAAGAUAUUUCAACCAGAAGCCGCCAGAAUUGUGUAUGAGUGCGCAAUUCAUUUAAGUGUUAACUCCAAACACGACGAAGCGAAGAAAAUGGAGAAUUUUGCUAAGGAAAUUUCUACAAAUUUUCCCUUCCCCCACAUUUUACCUUUGCCCGAGUUGGUCCGAAGACAUAUCCAGUAUUCGUGCGAAAUGCCAGCAACCAGCCAACAAGAUGAAUGCGGAGUCCAACAAAUCACAGCGGAAAAGCUAAGUGAAAUGCAAACGGGAGCAAACGAUUUGUUUGAAAGGGGCUUCUAUGAUGAUGCACUGAAAGUAUACUCCGAUGCCAUUUUUGCAUCCAGGAAUACACCUCUGUUCGAGGUUACGUACGCGUUGUUAAUCAAGCGAGCAUCGUUUUAUCUGAAGCUUCAGAAAUAUCAUCAAGCCGCCCAAGAUGUCGAAGAAUGUAUAUUACAUCGUCCAAAAUGUUCAGAAGGAUAUGCGAAGAGAACAUUGGCGCUGAUUCAAUUAAACGACAUAGAGAAUGAUUUUGAACCCAAUUUGAAAGGACGAAAUUCUUCUCCGAAGGAAAUGCGUCUGGUCGUGCGUUGUUCCAAUAUACUAGAAUUUUCAGCGGCCCUCAAGAAAGUCAAAGAGUUGGCAAUGGGAAGCACAGUCACUGACCAACCCAACAAUUUACCAGUAAUCGUACUAGAGCCUGGUAAUUAUGAAAUUUCCGCGAAAACCAUUGACCCCUCCCUUUUCUGUGAUAAAAGCAAAGAAUUCAGCAUUGGAAGGUGCAUCCUAACUGGAGAAGGAGAGGAUUGUUCAGUAACUUCUGAUGAUAGCGUUAACUUUAGAUUCGGUAAUGAUCUUUUAGCUUGCAAUAUCAACUUUCGUUUUGCUGAAUGUUUUGUUCCUGAUACAGCUGUAGUCAAGUUCUGGCAUUGUUCUUUUCAAGGCUCAGGAUUGAAGGUUGAGGGCAAACUGCAAGUUGAAUCAUGUAAAUUCUUUAACUCCGCAAAUAGCGGGUUGCUGGUUCUCGGUGAUGUAAAAGUUAAAAAUUCGAAAUUUUACAAAAAUGGAAAGGAUGGGAUUCAAGUGAGGAAUGGUGGAAGUUUAUCUGUACAAGGAUCUAAAUUGCUCGCCAAUGAGCAAGGAUUACUUAUUGGCCCAGAAGCGAAGAAAUGCGUUGUCGAAGGCUCGGAGAUUUAUGAUAACAAGUCGCAUGGGGUUGUUGUUAAUAACAUUGCUUCUGAUAUUACAAUAAAAAGAAACAAUAUCUAUGACAAUGAGGGACUUGGCAUUAUUGUGAAAGAAAGUUCAAAUGUAUCUAUAUUGGAGAACGAGAUUUCAGGAAGAAUGAAAUCCAUCGUAACCAAUGCGGGGGAAUUUGUUUGGAUGUUAAAGAUGUUGUUGUUGAAGAUAACCACAUUUCAAAAAACUUAG